ACAGAAACCAAGGAAUGCGGAUAAUCUGGUAAACUAGCUAGCUACAACUAAAUAAAGUUUUAAAACUUUUUAAAAAAUACUUUUUAUGUCAACAGAGCAUCGUAGAGAAGUACAGAACAUCACGUUAUGUUUUAAAAAUAAGACUACAAAUCCAUUUUAUUUCUGGGAAAUCACUUUUUAAAAUUGUUUGAGAAAGUUAGCCUAGCUCAGUAGAUUUAAGACGCACGAGACCUGGCGUGAGGUUACGGUUACGUCACCUGUCUGGUUAAAGUCAUCAUUUAUCUGAUCUGUGGAAGAACCUGGCUGCUUGUGGAGUUAGACAUCACAUCAGAAUGGCUUCAGCAGUGUUUCCCCGCCAGAAAACACGAUUUCUCCCAGAUAUCAAUGAGAAGAGCCCUGUCAAAGCCAGCCUGCAGAGAAAGGAAGUGAAAAAGCCCAACCGAGGCUCUGGUGAGAGGGAGACGAUCCAAACCACCACGAUGAAUGCUGGUGAAAUAGCGCAAUUCCGAUACAGUCUGCACCAGAAUCUUUGCGUGUCCAUGCUGCAGGAGGGAUUUCCUCGCUCCUUUAAAGAGUUUUUCUCUUUGCUGCAGCGCUGGAAGGCAGACCGUUUAGCUGCAGGUCCGGACAGCAAGCUGUGGCUAACACGCUCUCUGGAGGAGCAACCACACAAACUGGAGAAGCUGAAAGAGCACCUGACCCGUGCUGAGGCUGCUCAAAGAGCCGAUCAGUAUGUGGAGGUGUAUGAGAGUCAUUUGUCCCUGGCGAAGUUUUUCUCAGAGCCAGAGGACAUGUGGCUGCGUCGUCAUUUUUACAAGCUCAGCCUCGAGGCUGCCCGUGAAGUCAAGAUGGACUCCAGCAGGAGGGAGGCUGAGGCCAAUGCGCACCUCGCCCACCUGUAUUUAGAGCGAGGAGACUUGGAACUUGCGCAGGAGCAUUUUGAGAUGUUUCACCACCUGGCAGUGGGACAGUCGUGGCAGGACGAGAGCGGACACACACACCUGUUUCGCUCAUGUGAAAGUCUCUGCAGGGUUUACACACUGCUGGCACAGAGGCAGCUGCAGUGUAGAGAAUACGUAGCGGCUAUUCAGCUCCUCAAACAGGCCUACGAGAUGACUAAAGAAGCAGGUGAUAAGAAAAUGGAGGGCGAGGCAGCGUACAGACUUGGACUAGCCUAUCAGAGCAUGGGCAAUCAAACAACUGCUAAACAGUUCCUGAACAUAUUCAUGGAGAUCUCUACAGCCCUGGGAGACAUGGAGAGCCUCGGCAAAGCCUAUAAGGCCAUUGCUAAAUCUCUGGAGAGUGAGGAUAAAAUAAGUGACGCCAUUGAGCAUUUACAGAAAUAUCAUGAGGUUUGUCAGGAGAACAAUCAGCAUGAAAAUCUACAGGACGCCUACAUGUGUCUGGGCUCCAUACACAUCUCUCAAGCUCAGUAUGAGCGAAGCUGUGAGUAUUUUACCAAGGCCUUUGAGAUGGCAUGCAGUCUAGACUUGAAACCAUGCGUUCAGAAAGCUGAGGUGUGUCUGGGCAUUGCCCGAGCUCAUUCCGUGCUGAGGGCAUACACUACCCACUUGCAGACCAACAUGCCAACAAACGUCUGUACACUCAUCUCCUGGAAAGAGACACGAGAGGACAAGUUCCACGAGAUGCUGCAAGAAAUUUGGAAAGGAGAAAACCCAGACCUCUAGCUUUUUCUUCUUUCUUUCUUUCUUUCUUUCUUUCUUUCUUUCUUUUAUUUAGUUUGUUUUAUUUAAUCCACAACAAUACUGAAGCGUCAAUCAUUAGAUGAACUUAAAGCAUUAAAUUCACCCUCCAGGAAGCUGAAGUGUAUAUCCUGAUCACUUAACCUUAGAUAUCUGUCUCUCUUAUUUUGAAUCAUCUAACUAGAGAUAAAGGAAGAGUGGAUCAAUUUAUUCCCCAUAUUUUAACAUCUAAUUUAUAAUAUUCCACUGGAAACGCUAUUGAAUAUGCAUUGCACAUUCUUUCCUUUUUGUAUUUUAAUAAGAGUACUAUCACGCUGAAAUGAAUUACAGUUAUUUCUAUUCCUAGUUCUACUCAGUUUCAGGGAUUCACUUAUCCAUAGCUAUUAACAAUAUGAACAAUAUUUAUUAAAAACUAUUGUUCAUGUUUAUUAGAGAAACUGAAUCAACCAUAUAAAGUUUCAUGUUGGAAAUAAUCAUUUUAAUAGAUAGCCUAAUUCUAUUAUUUGUUAAUGUCUCUUCUUCUUUGAUAUAUUUUUUUCUGUUAUUGGAGUUAUAUAAGUGACCAACAGGGGGCAAAAUUACAUAAAAAUAUGUUUUAGGCUGUGGUGCAUUGAACAGGAAAUUUAAAUCACAAAUAAAUAAAUAAAUAAAUAAAUGAAAAAUCAUCCAGUCAACAUCCGUUAGAGUGAGUAAUUAGGCUGUUAUGAGAAGAUGUAGAAAUAAUGAGUAUAUCAGAAAGAAACUGUACAGAAAACCAGACAAAACAGCAAAAUGAACAUUCCUGUUAAGUGAAGCAUGAAAUUGAAUUGUGUAAGAAAUGCAGAGGUUAUGAAAUAUUCAACGCAGACAUGAAGAAAUGAUUAUUGCAACAUUCAGGUGCUUUCUGAAUUAGUUAUAUAAAACAUACACAUAAAAUGGGGUGAUAUGUAAAAAUAAUAAUAAAAGCAUUUAACACAAUUCCUCGUACACAUGAGGCAUUUCAUCUAUGUACAGUCUUCAGUUAACUGAUUUUUAUGAUUUAUCACAAUAAUAUGUUUAUAAUUUUAGACAGUACACAGUUUUAAUGGUUUGUUUUCUUUCCUCUUCUUUUUUUUUUUUUAUAACUUACACAGUAUUCUUAAAAGACUUAUUAUUAAUAGUAGCAGUUACACACCAUCCAUUUAUGCACCACUUUAUUUCCGGCCAGGUUUAUUUCAAGCCAAGUCAACUGUCAUUUAGGUAUAAACUUGGGACUAGGUUUAUAAAAUUCAGGUUGCCAUAUGUGCCAGUAUGCUGCCCAUGUUGGAAUCUUUGGUUUUUAGAUACAUGUCCUGUUGUUGUUUAGUGAUUUCUGUAACUGUAAGGUUUGACAUUAAUAGAUUUGUGCAAAUGUCAUAUUUAAUUGUCUUAAACUGUGAUAGUGACUGGUGUUUGGACCCCUUCCACAUUCCUUAAUGGCGCAACAGAUGUCUUCUGAUGAUGCAAUAUCCUUCUGUAUUUUCCACACCCCAGGCGUACAGGAAAGGGGUCAGGCUCUUGUCAGGGGAAAAAAAAUGUUUCUCAAUGUCUUAAAAAAAAAUAGACUGAUGGAAGAAUCCUCUGAUGGAUGGUUCUUUAACCAUUUUUGUUGGAGCUACAUGGAAGAACCAUUUCCCACCAAAAAGAACCAUAAUGCAAGUGUUGAUGGGAAGGGGUUCUUCAGUUUAUUGUGACAGCAUGGAAAAAAUGAUUAAAGAGCCGAGCCCAUAACGAAAAUUUCUAUCAGUCGUCCUAGUGGUGCAGCAGAAAAGCGUUCACUCUACCAUGGGAAGAUGGUAUUUCUGGUUUAAUUAGCGUGUGAGUUCAUUAUUGUUAAGGAUAUAUUUCCUAAAUUUACCCUUGGUUCAGUAAGAAAUAAAACACAUGGUGGCAUGCUGUUAUAGGAAAAUAAUCAGUGACAUGAAACAUAGUUACUGUUACCACCCCAAAAUUUUCCAAUAACAGCAUGUUCCAGAAGUGUUUUAUUCCUCUUAUACAAUAGCAAUCUGCCAAUGCUAGCAUUGUUUUAUUUAUUAAAUAACAAU